UCGUAAUCCGCGCCACUCAACGUUUAGCACAAUGAUUAGACGCGGUUUUGCCACCAGCGAAUCGUUCAGUCCAUGUCGUAUCCUCGUGCUGCACAAGCUGACUCGCUAUGAAUUUGAACGACGUCGUCAUAGAGCUACAUCUCCACGUGAUCUACGAGAACUACUUGCUGCUCGAGGUUCGAGUUUCGAUGGACUUUACCAUCGCUACAAUGUUCAUAGAAAAAGUCUUAGGGAAAUAACCGACUUUUUGAGUGAGAGAAGAAUUAAAACAAGAAUUAUGCAGAUACCUAACGUCAGCGAAGAAGAUGUCCAGUGGGCUGAUGCUUUGCUUUCCGCUGGAGGAGACGGCAAUAUGCUCUUCAGUGCAUCAAAGAUACGCAACAGCGAGAAGCCACUCAUUGGAAUCAACACCGACCCAGAAUGGUCACAGGGCCAGCUGUGUGUACGAAGGAGGCAGGACAGCAGCAUCACGAACGACCUUGACAUGAUCUUCUCAGGUUAUUUUCGAUGGAAAUUUCGGCAACGAAUUCAUGUGACGCUGUCCGGGUCCAACAGCACAGAUUUGGCGUCACAUCAAAGCGUCUUACCACUGCUGAGUCUUAAUGAAGUUUUUAUGGGGGAAUGUGACCCUUUCAGGACGUCGUAUUUUGAAGUGUCUAUAGAUGGUUCUGUACGACAUAAACAGAAGAGCUCAGGGAUGGUCGCCUGUACGGGAUCGGGAUCUUCUGCAUGGGCGUAUAAUAUCAGUCGUGUCACAGAGGACCAAGUCAAAUCAGUUGUUGCAUUGGCUGGUUUGAAAGAUGUUUCUGCUCAGAAGGCAAAAGAAAUAUGUGACGAUUACAACCGCUCUCUCUUGUAUGACGCCAGUGAUCUUCGAAUGGCUUACGCUAUAAGGGAUUGCAUUGCCAAGGGAAUCUUUGCUGUUGAGCAGCAGCGAGGGUUUGCAAACAGGAUGAGCAUCAAAUCUCGAUGCUUUGAUGCAAAUCUAGUAAUUGAUGGCAACUGGUCAUGGACAUUCAACAAUGGCUCAGUUGCUGAUCUGAAAAUCAACGAUGCUGAUGCACUCAGAACAAUAGAACUUAUUGACUAGUGAAUGUAAAUAAUAAUUUGGUUAAUUUUGUAAUUUAUUAUUUUGAUGUAAAUUGAUUUAAUUAUAGUUUUUUUGUAAGGUAUAAUUGUCUGUAGUGUUGGGUAGCAAAAAGGUGUAUCACAUAUUUAUAUUAAUUAAAUACUUUAAAAAUAAUUUUAAAAAUGAAAAUUUAAAUUUAUUAAAUUAAAUAGAAGUGUAAAUAUAGACUAAUGUUAUAUAAAUAUAAUAUAAAAUAUACAUAAUUUUAAUUAAAUAUAUUAAU